UUUCUAUAAUUUUAAUUUUGAUUUAGCUGAAUAAGUUUGUUGUGCUGUACAUGGUUACUGUUUUUUUAUUUUGGGAUUUGUGGGUUGUUUCAUUCUCUGAGAAGAGUACCAGGACUUGCAUUUUCUGAAAGAUGUGGUUGAAUCGUUGACUUUUAUUUUCUCUGGAAUUUUUUAGUUCUAUGCUUUCUGAAAGUUCAGAGAAAUUGUUAUUAUAUCUCAUUUUGCUAGAUUCUACUGCUUUUUUGUUUCUUGCUCAACUUUGACUUUUUGUCAUUUUUUAAGCUCUGUGUGUACCAUGAUUCCAUGAACAUAUCUGCUCCACCUGGUUGAUCACACAGUAGUGAUUCAUAUCAGGGUAACAGGGUUCUAAAUUGCGGUUCGCAACUGCAGUUUCCCGGCCACAACAUUACGGGUUUGGAAGUCCUGCAACGGCUUCUCGACUCGCAAUUGUAGGCGUUUCAAUCCGCAAUUCUGCAACGCAGCAGUGCAGCCAGCCACAAACGCAAUUUAAAACCCUUAGUAGUAUUUUGAAUCAGAAAUGGAGUCUUGCAAAGUUGGAUUUUCAUCCAUUUAACUAACUAAUUGGAGUUAGGGAAAUUUCAAUCUACCAGACUAAAUUUUGUUGUGCGAAAGGCCUAGUGGUACCACCAAACGCGUAGAUAAAAUGGCACGGGAUUGUUCUAACAAGCAAAUGUCUCAGGUUAGAGUAUCUGUAAAUGCAGCUACAUUAAGUGCUAGUUAGGGAGAGCUUUGCCGCCCAUAGAGGUCCUACUCGGCUCGAACAGGAUUGCCUCAGUGGAGGAUACUUGUGGUUUAAACAAACCACAGAAAAAAAGGCCUAGAGGUGGAGAUUUUAAUUCAAUCAUUGACUGGAACUGAUUGUUUCUUGUUUAGCCACAAUAAUGGCACUGGCUCCUAUUCCAAAAGUUAUCCUGGGUUCAACUGCCUUUGCAAUCUUCUGGGUAUUAGCUGUUUUCCCAGCAGUGCCUUUUCUACCCAUUGGGAGAACUGCUGGUUCACUUCUAGGUGCAAUGCUGAUGGUCAUAUUCCGAGUCCUUACUCCGGAUCAAGCUUAUGCUGCAAUUGAUCUCCCAAUUCUCGGUCUUCUUUUCGGGACGAUGGUUGUCAGUAUUUAUCUUGAAAGAGCAGACAUGUUUAAGUACCUAGGGAAAUUACUCUCUUGGAAAAGCCAAGGAGCAAAGGACUUGCUUUGUCGAAUCUGUCUGAUUUCUGCUGUAUCAAGUGCUCUAUUCACCAAUGACACGUCAUGUGUUGUUUUAACUGAGUUCAUAUUGAAAAUCGCGAGGCAACACAACCUCCCACCCCAUCCUUUCCUACUUGCACUUGCCUCCAGUGCUAAUAUUGGGUCCUCAGCAACUCCAAUUGGCAACCCCCAGAAUCUGGUUAUAGCUGUUCAGAGUAAAAUUUCAUUUGGGAAGUUUUUGACUGGUAUUCUUCCGGCUAUGCUCGUAGGAGUCGUAGUGAAUGCUUUAAUUCUUAUAGCUAUGUAUUGGAGAAUAUUAUCUAUUCAUAAGGAUGUAGAGGAUCCAGUUGCAGAAGUUGAAGCAACUGAGGAGGUUAAUUCGCAUCAGUUUUCUCCAGCCACAAUGUCUCAUGUUACAUCCUCUAAUUCUCAAGAAUUGAAUGGUUAUCUAGAAACUUCUAGUCUUCAAAACUCUCCUCUAGUUCAUAAUUUAAGAAACCGAUCAACUCCAACUGACAAUGAAAUUCACAAGGUUCUUGGUGGCACGCUGGACUCCACAAGAAACUCAAAUGCAUCAAUGGAGGGGACAAAUGAUGUGCCCUCUCAGAUAAAAGAGGAAACAAAUCCUUCAAAAACUGUUGCAGAAGUAGAUAACCCAACAGAACAUGAAAUGCACUCUUCAGAAGGAAAGGGCAAUAUAGACGUAAUGUGGAAAGAUAUACUGUGGAAAUCUUGUGUUUACAUGAUCACAUUAGGAAUGUUGAUUGCAAUGCUUUUAGGUUUAAAUAUGUCAUGGAGUGCAAUUACAGCUGCACUAGCUUUGGUUGUUCUUGAUUUCAAAGAUGCUAGACCAUGCUUGGAGAAGGUUUCGUAUUCGCUAUUGAUAUUCUUUUGUGGAAUGUUUAUCACAGUAGAAGGCUUCAAUAAAACUGGAAUUCCAAGUUCCUUAUGGGACUUGAUGGAGCCUUAUUCUGAAGUAGACCGCGCUAGUGGAAUAGCCGUACUUGCUGUAGUUAUACUUGUCUUAUCAAAUUUGGCUUCGAAUGUUCCAACUGUUUUAUUGCUUGGAGCAAGAGUUGCAGCAUCAGCUGCUACAAUUUCGAAAGAAGAUGAGAAAAAGGCAUGGCUCAUCUUGGCUUGGGUUAGCACCAUAGCGGGGAACCUGUCACUGCUGGGAUCAGCAGCAAACUUGAUAGUGUGUGAACAAGCGCGUCGAGCUCCGAACCUUGCUUACACAUUAACCUUCUUGAGCCAUCUGAAAUUUGGCCUUCCUUCUACUCUUGUGGUCACUGCUAUUGGUUUGACACUCAUAAGAUGAUAAGAAUUUAUAGAACUCCAAAUUCUUACUUAGAAAUUCACAUAGCACCAAAAAAAUCAGUAUAUCUGGUAUAUUUUAAGUGUAUAUGAAAACAUAUGUAAUGAAUCAUGAAUUUUGUGAGUUUUGAUCCUCCAUGUGAAACCAAGAACCACUUGCAAAUUUGCAAAUAAGAAGAUUAGAUGCUAUUGUGCAUGUA